CAUGCCCUGUCACAGGUAAAACCGGCCACAUAUUCUCACUCUACACUCCAAAAGCGAGAAAAGCCGACAAAACCCGUUCGUUCAGAGACACCUUUGCCGUGGCCCUCAUCGUGCUUGAGUUUUUCUGGUGAAAGUAGACCGAUCGGAUUUACAGUACCAACUAGAAAGUCCAGUUCCACCAACCGAGAUGUCACAGGAUCAUGACAAUAAGAGGCCGGUCCUGUUGUUGCAGAAUGAGCCCAGCUACGGUCAGCGUCGGCCCUACACCAACGAAGACGAGGCGUGGAAGUCGUUCCUGGAGAACCCCCUGACGGCCGCCACCAAGGCAAUGAUGAGCAUCAACGGGGACGAGGACAGCGCCGCUGCCCUGGGCGUGCUCUACGACUACUACAAGGUGCCCAGAGAGAAGAGAACAAUAUCCCAGACCAAGACAGAGUCAAUGGGCUCUGAUGUGGAUCCCAACAAAAGGUCCAUGCACUUGAUGGCCCCCCUGCAGGAAGCUUCCGUGGCGUCAGUGGAGAGCAGGAUCCAGUUCCUGAAGGGCCCCAUCAACAUCCUGCUGCCCAACCAGCUAACUGGCCAGGACAACAAGAGAGGGGUCAUUUUCCCCUCCCCGGACACCACUGUCACAGUCUCCAUCGCCCCCAACUACCCCAACGUCAAGAUGGAGGUGCCCUCCCACAGCUUCCACUGUGCCGAGUCCGACAGCCACACGGCAGAGUUCGCCAGGCAGCUCACACACAGCCAGUUCAGCCCAAGCACCCAGCCCCGUACCCCCGACUCCACCUUCCCAGAGACCUACAAGGAUGGUUCCCAAGAGGUGUUCUCCUUCCCAGGGGAUCUCCAGUUACGCAUGGCCUCCAUCUCGACAGAGGAAUACAGCGUGUUUGACACCGUGCCGGGGAAUCAUUUUGAGUACACCCUGGAUGCAUCCAAGUCGCUGCGUCAGAAGACAGGUGACGGUACCAUGACGUACCUGAACAAGGGCCAGUUCUACCCCAUCAGCCUCAGGGAGAUGGACAACAGCAAGCUGCGGCACCCCAUUAGCAAAGUCAGGAGUGUGGUGAUGGUGGUGUUCGGAGAGGAGAAGUGCAGAGACGACCAGCUGAAGCACUGGAAGUACUGGCACUCCAGACAGCACACAGCCAAACAGAGGUGUCUUGAUAUUGCUGACUACAAAGAGAGCUUCAACACAAUCAGCAACAUUGAGGAGAUCUCCUACAACGCCAUCUCCUUCACCUGGGACAUCAAUGAGGAGGCCAAGAUCUUCAUCUCGGUCAACUGUCUGAGCACAGACUUCUCUUCCCAGAAGGGUGUGAAAGGCCUGCCCCUGAACCUGCAGAUAGACACCUACAGCUACAACAACCGCAGCAACAAGCCCAUCCACCGGGCCUUCUGCCAGAUCAAGGUGUUCUGUGACAAGGGAGCUGAGAGGAAGAUCAGAGACGAGGAGAAGAAGCAGUCCCGUAGGAAGGGCAAGAGCACCGACCUCAACACCAGUCUGGGAUCAUAUGUGGACGUUAAAGUUCCUUUCCUUCAGAAGCGUAAUGAUGUCACAACCUUUAAGAUGAUGUCUGACUUUGAGACCCAGCCGGUUCUCUUUAUCCCUGACAUCCACUUCUCCAUCUUCCAGCGCCAUCCCUUCUCACAAGAAGAUGGAGAGGAAAGUUCGGGCAUGAAGAGAUCGCUCUACGCCGAGGAUGAGUUUGGUUCAUCUUCCAAUAAGCUGGCCAGAAUGGACAAGCCCAAGAAAGUUCUGCUGUACGUGCGUAGGGAGACAGAGGAGGUGUUUGACGCGGUCAUGCUGAAGAACCCAACAAUGAACGGGCUGGUGGAAGCAAUAUCUGAGAAAUACAACGUGCCGCUCCAGAAAGUGGGGAAAGUCUACAAGAAAUGCAAGAAAGGGAUUCUAGUCAACAUGGAUGACAACAUCAUCAAACACUAUUCCAACGAAGACACCUUCCAGAUCUCUAUGGAGGAGCUAGGGGGCAUUUAUAAACUCACCCUGACUGAAAUCUGAUUGGCCCAAAGGGAGGGGUUGGGAGUGAUUGACACUAUCACCGCUCAGUCCGCAAAGAGUGUGGCGAUAGGGCAGCUUGUAAAGUUGUUGUAAAUGUAAAGACUCUUAGUUUACAGAUACACAUGGCAUUGGCCCAGGCACCAAAAAUGGACAGAAUGUCUCAGACAUUAGCCGUAUCUACAGUCCACUAGCCUGGUCCCAGAUCUGUUGUUAGGCUUGCCAAUGAUCAUUGCAUUGUUUCGAGACAGCAUAGACAGAUCUGGGACCAGGUUUAAACUGUCCACCUGUCUGAGAGUCUAUGUUCUUCUUUAUUUGUGAUGUCACUAAUCCAAGUUACAAAGCCACUGCUCUUAUGCCAUGAUGACAUUGUGUUGAUGGCUUGAUGUAGACUUUUCAUACUUUUUUGAUACUUUUGUAUUUAAGAAUUGAGUCUGACAAGAAGCCCUCUUAGCUAUGUCUUAUAGGUAUGCUGAGGUCAUUUGAGAAUCUUUGUUUAUUUGUGUGGUGUGUCUCUCAGUAUCUUUGUGUUGUAUAUGGUAUAAGUGAAAGCAUCAGUCUAAUAGUGCAUUGCUUUUGGCAUUAGCGCCAUAGUGAUCUGGAGAUGUAUGCAAUCGUUUAGCCUGGUCCUCGAUCAGUUUAGUCUGUCUUGCCAAUUCAUGUGGGGAUUGUCAAGCCAAACAAGACAAGACAGUGAAAACACAACUAUCCUUAUGCCUCAGGCUGCAUUCUAUCUGCCCCCUUGGAAAGGGUUGUCACUAGUUACCACCGCCACAAAGACCAAAUUGGCUAUAUUGUAAAAUUAAUGAAAACUAAAAUGCAGCUUUUUGGUCUUAAUUUAAGGUUAGGGUUAGGAAUAAAGUUAGCAGUUUGGUUAGAGUUAAGGUUACGGUUCAGGUAAGGUUUAAAAUCAGAUUUUAAAGAAGAGAAAUUGUAGAAAUAGCCUGGGUUUAGCCAUAACUAUGACUAUGUGGCUGUGGUAACUAGUGACGAACCUCGGAAUGCCAUAGUACUAAAGACAGAUCUUAAUCUAUUAAAUUAGGAUAUCUAUUAGGAUAUCUAUUAGGAUAUUUCGCACACAAGGUGAGUGCAAACGCGUAUUGUAAAUAGAGAGGAUGGAUUGGCCUGGUUGGCUUACUCACUGUAUUGAUACUACACAUCCUGGCAGUAUUUAGUAUGUAUGUAAUGUACACACUACCACAGUCUGGCAGUUAGUAUGAUAUAAUCUGUGUUUGUUGCUACUGUAUGUGUGUUUUGAGAAUAAGCAUGUAAUGUAUGUGUGUGUCAUAUGGAUUCUGGAUAGAAUGGAGAGCAGACAUUUUCCCUCAUACUGCUUUAGCAUAUGGCCUCUUCAUAAGUAUUACAUGUCAAAAAAUUAUAAUAAGAUAAAAAUGUAUCAACCCUUCUGUCACUCAGCUAUGGUGUGAAUAGGAUUCAGACCACAGGAGGCUGGUGAGGGGAGGACGGCUCAUAAUAAUGGCCAGAACAGAGCAAAUGGAAUGACAUCGAAUAACUGGAAACCACGUUUAAUGUAUUUGAUACCAUUCCACUAAUUCCACUCCAGUCAAUACCAUGAGCUUGUUCUCCCCAGUUAGGGUGCCACCAACCUCCUGUGAUUGACUAUUAGUCCAAAGGAAGUGCAAUAAGGCAGUGAUUGAAGCUCAAACACAUUCAGAUGGACAGAUUUUCUUUUCAUACACAUAUCAGACACAGUAAUAGUGUGAUAACAUGACAUUUGUGUCCAUUUGAAAAAUGUGGGGGACAUUGUUUUCCUUGUGUACCUUCACAGCUCCUCUUUGCACCAGAGUAACAAAGUGAUGCUCCAGUGCUUAUGUAUAAUUUCAGCCAGUAGUUUUAAAAGUAGUGCUCACCAGCCAAAACCUGUUCCCGGAUAUUGUCGACUAUGUUAUCCAUUUCGCAUGAUAAGUUACGCCCUGCAACAAUAACAAAAUGCUUUAAAAUGUUUUAUUCAUAUGAUAUGUUAAGUGGUUAAUAUCCCGGAUUGUAUCUUUAAUGUCUAUAUAUUUAUUAUGAGAAUGGGAAAAAGGGUAUUUUUUACCAUAUACACUGAACAAAAAUAUAAAUGCAACAUGCAACGUGUUGGUUUUCAUGAGCUGAAAUAAAAGAUCCCAGGUAUUUUCCAUA